AUGCCACAGUGGCUAAUGCCCCCACCUGAGCUCUCCCCACCCAGACACAACAAGUUCCACAUGACCCACAGCAGGACGGUGCCAGCGUGGGCUGGUGCCAUGCUGCUGCCCUCCACACGCUUGCUGAUGAAGAGGAGGGAGGUGGCAGAGGUGGAGCAGGCACUGCAGAGACAACAGGAGGUAAGGACAGCCCCCACACCCAGGGGUCCUGUGGCCCUGCAGGAAUUUCAGCAGAGGAUGGAGCAACUGGCACAGCACUGGCAGCAGCUGGGCCAGAGGGAAAGGCAGCACCAGGACGUUGCCCUCAAAUCUGAUGCCUUCCUCAAGGGCUUGGCGGCAAGGCAGGAGCAGGCGCUGCAGCACGCAGACAAGGAACGGGCACGGGCAGCAGAACAGGGGGCCAAGGCUGCCCGCCUGUGCCAGGAGCUCGAGAGGCUGCUGCAGCACAGGGACCACCUGGCCCUGCGCCUGCGGAGCCUCCAGGGCUUUGCUGACUGCCUGCAGGCUGUGCUGACCAGGACAGGGCAGUUCCAGGAUGUCCCAGCCAUGGUGGCCCAUUUCGAGGCACUGGUGAGGCCAUGGGCAACCCUGGCACGAGAGGCAGAAGCUGAGCAGGAGCAGCUGCCCCCAGGCUGGGCACAGCUCCAGCAGCACCAGGAGGAGGUUGACAGCAAGCUCCUGAGCACCAGCAACGAGGUGCCUCAGCUCCAUGCAUCCCUGGAGGCUGCCCCCCAUGAUGUGCUUCAAAGGGAGUCCCUCUGGGCCCAGGACCAGAGCACAGCCACCCAGGGGACCCUGCUGCUGGGCCACAUCAAGCUGGCAGUGCUGAACCUCUUCCAGCUCACUACUAAGUGCCUUGAGGUCCCUGCAGACAUAGCUUUGGAGGACACUGAAGCCCAGCUGGACACAGACCUGGCUGCCAUCUGUGCUGAGCUGUGCCCCAAGCAGCUGGAGCCACAUCCCUGA